AUGCCUCCUUCUGCGGCUAACCCACAUCCAUUCGAUCCCUCGAAGCACGCCCCUCCGGUAUAUAGCCGUACUGUUGUUCCUUUCGUCAACCAUUCACCGCUUUUACAGGCGCUUGUGGACAUCGGUGUGAAUCUAUUCGAGGUAGAACAAACGACCCGUGCAGCUAAACAUCUACUCCGGCUUGACAUGCAGAAAGAAGUGAAGCCGAAGCUUCAAUGGCUUGUCUCACUUGGUUUUGAAGCUAGUGAUUUGGGCGAAUAUUUGACGCGGAAUCCCUUCUUCUUACUACAAGACCUUAGCGAUAUGCAGGCUCGAGUCAAUUAUUUAACGUCGAUGAAAUUCUCCAAUGAAGAUGUCUGCAAAAUCGUUAAGGACUUUAGGUAUUGGUUAAAUGUUGAUGUAAAGACAAUGGAUUCUCGCUUGGGAUGGAUUCAACAACAGUUUGGUUUGAGCGGUGAUGAAGUUCGGAACCUCAUUCGCAAGGAAGCGCGUAUUCUUAUGUUCGGAUUAGGACCGCUGCAGCGACUUGUGAUACUGUUCAACAAGGAGUUGGAAUUUUCCCCGAAGGAAAUGAAGAGGAUAUUGCUAGAUGAUCCACGAGUGUUCAUGAUGGAUCCAAAAUUUAUAAUGACAAACUACGGGUAUCUUCACCGAGUAAUGCGUCUUUCCAACUCGAUAAUCGCCAAACAUCCAUUUAUUCUUCGCUGUUCGCAUUGUAGCAUUCGAAAUAGGCACGAGUUUUUGAAGAAACUGGGAAAAGCUUCAUAUGAAGGUGAGAUUGUGGAUGACAAGGCAGAAGCUCCAUCCAAGGAUAAGGAGGGUUGCGAGCCAGUACCGAUCGAUGUCUUUCUGGAUCCUAGCGAUGAAGUAUUUGCACGGAAGGCAGCGAACACUUACCUAGUCGUUUAUAACAAUUUCCUUCGGAAUCACUAA